AUGGAAGCUUGGGGAGACGUAUUCUCCCAGCUUGCCAGCUCGUGUCGCAUUGCCGUUGACUUGUUGACAGGAAACUUGAGCUGCUGCGAGGCCAACACGGUCGUCGAAGAAGAGGUCACCGUUGGCAGCAGUUUGAAGAACAGCGAGGACCAGAACGAGGAGGAUACAGCCGAGUGUGUUGGGCUGGGUCCUAAUGCCUUUCUGUGCACGCCAAGAAAGGCAACUGAUCCAACCAGGAUGAUGUUAACACCAUCGACUGUGUGCUCGGACGAGGAGGAGGCAGAAGCCGUGACGUUCAAGAGCCAGGGCGCGCCUGGUCUCAGCGAGCUUCCUGCGGAGCUCACCAGAAACGUGGCAGGUUUUCUCCACGUUAAUGGUUGCGUAUCUCUCCGCGCUGCCUCCCGUGACGAAUCCUUGAAGAAG